AUGUUUCGCGCCCAGCAGAAUGCCUUUGACGACGCUGUCGCCAAGGCGACUGACGAGAACCUAACCUCAGAGAACUGGGAAUUCAUACUUGACGUCUGUGAUAAAGUAAACAAUGAGGAAUCUGGGUAUGGCAAGGAACUCGUCUGUUUUAUGUUUCCGUCAUGUGCUAAAGAUGCCGUUGCGGCCUUGAUCAAGCGACUCGCCAAUCGAAAUGCCAAUGUGCAACUUUACACGCUUGAGCUGGCGAACGCUCUCGCGCAGAACUGUGGUCCCAAGAUUCAUCGCGAGCUGGCUUCUCGAAGUUUCACAGAAGCCUUACUGCGCUUGGCCAAUGAUAGGAACACACACCAGCAGGUCAAAUCGAAAAUUUUGGAGCGCAUGGAGGAAUGGACAGAAAUGUUCUCCAGUAAUCCGGAUUUUGGCAUCAUGGAGCAAGCUUAUAUGAAAUUGAAGACUAGCAAUCCUAAUCUCCAGCCGCCAUCAAAGCCAACUAAACGCCAGAUCACCGAUAUCGAUCGACAGAAGGAAGAGGAAGAGCUUCAAAUGGCGUUGGCGUUGUCAAUCAAAGACAAGCCAUCUGUGGAUGUCCCAGAGCCGUCGAGUUCCGUCCCGGCGGCGGCAGCAGCAGCAGCAUCGACUUCCAACCAGCCAGAAACCGUUAAUGUAGCUGGUCAACCAAUUCCAUCAGGAACUACAGCAGCUACUGUCUCCAGAGUCAGAGCGCUAUUUGACUUCCAGCCUUCUGAGCCGGGUGAACUUCAGUUUCGAAAAGGGGAUAUUAUCGCUGUCUUGGAAUCGGUUUACAAGGACUGGUGGAAAGGCUCAUUGCGUGGUCAAACUGGAAUAUUUCCGUUAAAUUAUGUUGAGAAGCUUCCAGAUCCCACCCCCGAAGAUCUGCAGCGCGAAGCACACAUGGAAGCGGAUGUGUUUGGCCAGAUAAAGAAUGUCGAGAAGCUCUUGACCCUUCUCAGCACAAGUAGCUCUGAGUUGAACGUCCGUGAUAACGAGGAGAUUACACAACUCUACCACUCGACGUUAGCCAUUCGACCGAAGCUAAUUGAACUUAUUGGGAAGUAUUCUCAGAAAAAAGAUGAAUUCACGCAACUCAAUGAGAAAUUUAUCAAAGCGCGGAGGGAUUACGAAUCUCUUUUGGAAGCUUCAAUGUCGCAUCCUGCCCAGCCACAGUACGGCAGGCCGCCUGGCCCUCAGCAAGCCUAUGCCUAUCCCCCAACAGGAGCACCACAAGGCUACCCCCCAGGUCCUCCAGGCGCUGGGCAAGUAGACCCCCAGCAAUAUUAUAAUACCCGGCCACAAGAACCUCCAACAAAUGGUGGCCCGGGUUUCUACGCUGCCGAUACUUCGCGUCCCUAUCCCCAAACAUCCCAAUCACCAGAUCCACGCAAACAGACGCCAACGAACGGUCAGCCCUUUGCGCAGCCACCUCAACCCUCAGAGCUUUACCAGCCCGUGCACCAUCGCCCGCAGUCGACUGCCGAACAUCCGCAAGAAUUGGGAACUUCCGUUUACGAUUCGCCGGUGGAACCGCGCUACCAAUUUGCCUCUCCUGGAACAGCGUCUCAACCGCAACAGCAGUAUCAACUGCAGCAAGUAAAUGAGUACCAAACUCCACCGGAAGAUCAGCGACCAAUCCCCCAUCAGUUCCCGCCUUCACAGCCCCCAUAUCCCACAUCAGCAACACCACAGCAACCACCGCCGCCCAUCCCUACAACUAGCCCACAGCCAACGCCCUAUCCAGCAUUGAAUGCCGGACACCCUAACUCGGUCUAUAGCGGAUACCAGCAGCCGCCUGCUAACUCUGUGAAUUCGAACCCAGCCUCUGUUUAUGGAGCCGGCUGGCUGCCUGCCAAGCUUGAUCCUGCUUCAGACGAGUCGCUGGCUGUAACUACUCAUUGCCAUAAAUAUCGCGCCAUAUUAGAGCUUGAGGGGCGAGGCGAGGGUCUUUAUGGGCUUGGAAGUGAGACCACCGAGGUCAUAAUGGAGGCCGAUUGGGAUGAGGUGUCGCGAAUUGCGGUGCCGCCUCCAGGCCCGCAUGUUCUCCCUACCAUCGCAACUGCCAUUGCGUUUGAUGACAUCCAGGAGCUGCUAUGGGCUGGCAACGAAUAUGGUCGAAUCACUUCUUUCUAUGGCCCCGAGCUUCAAAGAUACACCUCAAUCCGAGCACAUCCAGUGUCCGAAGGUUCUGUGCGGCAGUUUCUUUUCCAUGAAAAAGGCGUCAUUUCCCUUUCGUCGAGGAGCAUUCAUAUGGUCACGCGCCGCGGCUUGACGCAAUGGCAUAUCACGCAUACCGAUAUGAUGGACUUGCGUUGUAUGAGCUUCACCGCGCAGACAAACCGUAUCAUUGUUGCGGGAUGUCAGAAAUCAAUGUUCAACAUAGACAUCGACAAGGGCGUCAUCAUCGACACGAUACCAACGGAGUUUAAUUAUACGAUUAUGAAAAAGAGUCGAUAUCUUUGUUGUGCCACAGACACGGGCUCUGUGAAUGCAUUGAGCCUGGCGGAUUUCAAGGUUGUGAAGACUUGGAAGGCGCACGGGGCUGCGAUUAAUGACAUGGAUGCACGUAAUGAUUUCCUAGUGACUUGUGGGUUUUCGGUUCGGCACUUGGGUGCCCCGAUUGUUGAUCCGUUGGCGAACGUAUACGAUCUAAAGACCUUGGCUCCGUUGCCUCCGAUACCAUUCCAUGCUGGUGCGGCGUAUGUUCGAAUGCAUCCUAGGCUGCAUACGACUAGCUUCGUUGCUUCUCAGUCCGGUCAGCUACAGGUGGUGGAUUUGAUGAACCCCAACACCAUCAACCUGCGCCAAGCAAAUGUCAAUUUUAUGCUGGGCCUUGAGAUCUCUCCGUCGGGGGAGGCCCUGGCAAUCAAUGAUGCCGAAUGCGCUAUUCAUCUAUGGGGAUCGCCCACCAAAAUUCACUUCAAUGAAAUGAGCAAGGAGACUGAAUUUGCCGACGUGCCCACACGACCUCAACUGGUUGACUGGUCUCCAGAGACCCCGUUGAGUAUGGUUGGGAUGCCAUUCUAUAAUGAACGCUUAUUUUCCGCAUGGCCCAGUCAUCUUGUAUUCGAUUAUGGAAGCCCUCCCGCUCCUGUCGAUCCUUCCAUUCUACCCUACCUGCGGCCGGCUGAACUGGGGCAUUAUGCCGCAAACCCAAAGAAAGGACGACGAUAUCAAAUCGAAAACACACGCCAGGUAGUUUCUGCAGAGCCGGCUCUGGUAGCGCCUAAAUUCCUGAGUGAAAAGGCUCGUGAGUCUCCACGGAGUAAAUCUGAUGGAACUAUGGGUGAUAUCUCCAGUGCGUUGGCAAGCGCAAAAAUUGGUGCCGAGGUGGAGGAAGACCCCUUGCUCAAGUAUAGCAACGUUGAGAUCAAGUACAGCAAGUUUGGUGUUGAUGAUUUUGAUUUCAGAUUCUACAACAAAACUACAUUCUCUGGCCUAGAAACUCAUAUAGCGAACUCUUUUACCAACUCCCUUCUUCAACUAUAUAAAUUCAUUCCCCUAGUACGGAAUAUUGCGCUACACCAUGCUGCAAGCAGUUGUCUGUUCGAAGAUUGCCUGCUAUGUGAAAUGGGAUAUCUAUUUGACAUGUUGGAAAAGGCGAAUGGUCAGAACUGCCAAGCCACGAAUCUCCUCAAAGCGUUCAGCAAUUCUCGUGAGGCUUCCAAGUUGGGCCUAUUGGAGGAGAACCUGACGAACAAAGCCUUGUCGGGUGCUAUUCAAUCAGUCAACCGGUUUAUGUUGAAUCAAGUCUCCAACGAGCAUCGUGCCGUCGCCCCUGAAUCUGAGGAACUAGAUCGUAAUCUUGCCACGAUUGCUUCGGAAUCGGUUCGAUGCAAUGUCUUUGCCAAUGAGCUUAUUUACCCUGUUCCGGAAUCGAAGCAAGUGCGACGAGCUCCUCCGAUUAAAUUCUCUUCGAUCCUCAAGUCUAGCAUUGAGCGAGAAACCCAGAACAGAGGCUGGUGUAACCAUUGCAGACGAUACCAGCAAGUGGCUAUUCGCAAGACUGUUCAUCGCAUGCCACCCGUCUUGAUGUUGAAUACAGGACAUACGACACCGUACUUCCGCCAAAUAUGGAGUAGUCCUGGGUGGCUGCCAGAAGAGUUAGGCAUUAUUAUUGAGAAUGGACAAUUACUUUGUUUUGAAGGUGAUGCGCUUCGAAGCCGAGUUCAGAGUAGAACCCCAGGCUUGGUAAUAUACGAGCUGGUUGGGCUGGUCACGGAAAUCAAUAUCACCGAGCACCAAAAGCCGCAUCUCGUGUCCUUCAUCAACGUGAGCGUGUCUGCACGGCAGCCUGAAGAGAAGAGCAAGUGGCAUUUAUUCAACGACUUCUUAGUCACUGAAGUGAGUCGGGAGGAAGCGCUGAAAUUCACAGAUCCUUGGAAAGUGCCUAGUGUGCUGGCAUAUCAAGUCAGAGGUGCGAGGCAUAAAGUUGACGAUUCGUGGAAUAAAAAUCUUGAUACAAGCUUAUUGUUCCAUGAAUGGGCCAUGAAUGGUGGUCGAGCUAUCGAGUUGUGCAAUAUACUUGCUCCUGAGGAACGGCCGCAACCUGGCACACCCGUUGCGCUUGAUACAGAAUUUGUCGAUCUGGAAAAGGCAGAAAUCGACGUUAAAGCCGAUGGUUCUCAGGAGAUGAUUCGGCCCAAUAAAAGCGGCCUUGCUCGAGUGUCGGUAUUGAGAGGAUCAGGGUUGCAUGAAGGCGUCCCUUUCAUCGACGAUUAUAUUACUAUCAAGGAACCAAUUGUCGAUUACGUGACGCAAUACUCUGGGAUCAAACCCGGGGAUCUUGAUCCACGGAUCAGUCAACACAAUCUAGUCCCUCUAAAAGUAGCAUACAAAAAGUUGUGGCUGCUGCUUAACCUGGGCUGCGUCUUUGUCGGCCACGGGCUCGCGUCAGAUUUCAGAAAAAUCAACAUUCAAGUGCCCAAAUCACAAACCGUCGACACGCAGUACCUAUUCUUCCAUCCAGCGAAAAACCGUCGAUUGAGUUUGCGGUAUCUUGCAUGGGCUGUUUUCAAAGAAUACAUUCAAGAAGAAGGCGCAGAUGUCACCGAAGGACACGACUCAAUAGAAGACGCCCGCAUGGCUCUUCGACUAUGGAAGAAAUUUCAAGAAUACGAAGACGCAGGAAUUGUGACGCAAAUGCUAGAGGAGAUAUUUUCUCAGGGGUUCAAAUUAGGAUUCAGGCCCCCUCCUCGAAAUGGACAUUCAACGCCUAGCGCCGCUUCUACUGCUGCUCUCACUCGACCAGGAACGGCCAUUAGCAGCAGCAAUGCUACAAACGGCAGUGGCCGGAACACGCCGGAUCAUGUCGCUGGGACAGUAGGCGCAGGAAACAGCACGCCGUCUACGCCCCGUCAGGCAUUUAGACGGUCGAAUGCUUUGACGCCUAGUAAUGGAACGUUCGGGGCGCCUGGACAGCCGGAUUUCUUCGGUGGGAGUCCUCUUCGAUAG